AUGACGAGUCUUAGAGACUUGAGCCGCUCGGAAACAGCAUUUGAGCAGAUAUGGCUGACACCUCCGGCUUGGACCGGAUCCAUGUCUGUGAUGGCCAUGUCAUGCCAUGCCCAUGCCAGUCAUUGCUUGCUCCCAGAUGCAAUUUUCGACCGGGGAAAUGCGACGGCUAGCAGUGGACGGGGCGGAGCAAUAUUGAUAUUAAUAGGCUGGCGGGCAUUGAAAAGACGCUAUCUGUUCGAGGCUGAAGGUCGAGCUUUGAUUCCCUCUCGGCCCAGACAACAUCAAAAACCAAGGAUGAGGCGAAGUAAGCUACUGUAG